AUGCUGUCCAAGAUCGCUCUCGCAUCUACGCUGAUCCUACCCACUGCCCUUGCUUGCCUUGGGUACGAGGGAGGUGUCCCCACCCCCACCGCCCAUUACUCCAACAGCUCGCCCAUUGAAAUCGGCGAGGGAGAGGUCUUUGAUGCAGGCUGGGCCAAGUAUGACCGCGGAUCCGGUGCCUGCAGUGAUGGUGAGGGCGGCAAUGACGACGCCGUCUUUAUCCUCCGGUCCGGCGCUACCCUGAGGAAUGUUAUCAUCGGAAAGGACCAGAAGGAGGGUGUCCACUGCGAGGGUCCCUGCACUCUGGAGUUUGUCUGGUUCGAGGACGUCUGCGAGGAUGCCAUCACUGUCCGCGGUGACUCCGCAGGCGACCACACCUGGAUUAUUGGAGGAGGUGCCUACCACGCUUCAGACAAGGUUGUUCAGCAUAAUGGUUGUGGAACAGUCAACAUCAUCAACUUCUACGCUGAAGACUACGGCAAGGUCUACCGCUCCUGCGGCAACUGCAGCUCCCAGUGCAAGCGCAACGUCUACAUCGAGGGCGUCACUGCCCGCGACGGUGGUGAAGUUGCCGGCAUCAACCAGAACUAUGGGGACACAGCCACACUUGUCAACGUUUGUACUGAUGCUGAUCAUCCCUGUGUACUGUACUCGGGCUGUGCUGGCGGUUGUGAGCCUUCAAAGGUCGGAUAUUGCUCUGGUUAG